AUGCCCCGCGCCUCCACCCGUUGCCGUAGCGACGGGAACGCACGGUUGCUACGCAGCCCCGCAGCGCCCCCUACCGGCGCGGCGCCUGCCCACCGUAAGACGGGCGGGAGGAGCGGUACCGCCCGGCGGCUCCAUCAGCGGCUCUGGUACCGGGGACGCUGCAAGGGAACAAGGAGGAAACAGCUAAGAGCCCCCGCGGCUCCCUGCCACUUCACUGCAACACCAGAUGCCACCCGAGCGCUGUCCGUUGCCUCCAACCGGACUCAGACUUCUCAGCAUACCCAGGGAAGCAGCUUCCGAGGUUCUUCUCUGGCCGUGGCUGUGCUGCAGCGCUUUGCCGCUGUCAGAGGCUCGGGCACCGGCUCAGCAGCCGCUCACAUCCAGCACCCGCUUUCCGGGCUCUCCCGCCGACCACCGCCAGGACCGGUCACAUCCUCCCACCUCCUAUCCAGCCCGGAGCUCCGGGAGCGGGUGCAGCCAUUCAUUGCCCGGCCCCGACAGCAUUUCGGAAGGAAGGCAGGCGCCCGCCGCCCGGCUCGGAUCUCCUCCUUCUCCAGGCCGGGCCGGCUCCCCUCACGCCGCUGCCCUCUCCGCUGCUCCCCGUUCUGUGGAGCUUCCCCUCGGCGACGGUUUACAAGAUCGCGGGAGCCUCCUCCCGCCUCGGCUCUCACCGCCCCUGGGCUCACCCUCCCUCACGGCGGCCCCACACGAGGCAGAUCGCGGCUGCCGCCCUUCGCUACCGGGCGCACCGGAGCGGCUCCUGACCAUGGCGGAGGUCACUGCAGCACCAACAACGCCCUCGACCCCGGCUCACCGGAGCCGCCGCCGCUGCCCCGUAAUGGCGACGAGUCGCCCGCAGCACUGCCCGGGACCCGGAUGGAGCCCUUCCCGGACGGACCCGCGGGAACCACGGGACUCGUAGUCCCCGCCCGCCGCCAAGCACGCCGGGACCUGCAGUCCCCGGGACCGCUCCCUCCUCCCCCGAGCUCCGCACCAGCCCCACCCGCUCCAAGCUCCCGCCCCGCCACCCAGCCCCGCCCGGCCGGCACAAAGGGCUCGGGACCAACCCCGACCCCUCCGGCAGCGCUCCCCAGCACCCAGCCCCGCACCGCCAUGCGGGACGAGGCACCCGCCGGCACAGCGGCACCGAGCGGCCAGAGAGAACGAGCGGGCGGCCCAGACCCAUCGCGUCCUUUAUUCUCCACAGCGGCUCUCCAAGGGGCAGCAGCAGAACAGAAACAGCUCAGGCUUUGCGGUAGUACAUCCAGCAACAAAACAGGGGGAAAAUUAUAA